AUGUGCCAAAUGCUGUUCAUCUAUCACACCACCUGCGGGCACCGCGGCUUCACCAGAACCCCGCUCACGCCCACCUGCGGCUACAGCUGCACCCUGCUUCUAAAGCACCUCGACGUCCCGCAUCACUGUACCGAGUGCAGCAACAUCCCCGCCGCGCCGGGGGUCGCCGGGAUGAUUCCGUAUAUGCGGGCCCCCGAGCCCCGGCCCCAGCGGCGUAUGCAGGUGGUGGAGAAGAAGGAGGAGGGGAAGGAGGGGGGGAAGGAGGAGGAGAAGGAGAAGGAGAAGGAGAAGGAGAAGGAGGGAGGGGGACCGAGUGAGGGUUAUGGGGUGGACUGGCAGGGACGGUUUGCGGCGGUGCUUAGAGGGGUUGUGGGGGAGGUUGGGGCGUUGGUUGUGGUGGAGAUGAUGAAUGGGAGGGAGUGA